AUGCCGCUGUGCCAACGCUGCACUCCCCUUACCGUCAACGAGCUAGUUGAGAAUGAUGUCUUCUUCCACGCCGACAUGGGCGCUCUCAAAGCAAGCGCAGAGCAAGGCUGCGAAUUCUGCUUACUGUGCUGGGACGCUGUGCACACCGCGCACGAACCCCGGGUGGCCAGGCUUAUCCAUGGCGAAUCGGCCUGGAUGGAGGGGGAGCCGUGGACUCCAACCGUAUGGCUCCGCGGCGUCAACUUUUAUCACCACGGCGUCGCCGGCGCGGAGGUCGCGGUCACCUGCGGAAAGCUCAUCCACGGAGGAGUCGGGGAGCCCCAACCGGGGUCCGAGUACAAUCCAAUACCAACGGUAAAAGGGAGUCUUGAGGUAUACGAACUUCCAGGCCAACCUUCCAAGUUCCAACUCCGCGGGCGUCGCAGCACCGCCGAUUGCAACCCGGAGCUGUACAUCCCCUUAAUUCAAGAUUGGAUGUCUCACUGCUGCACGCAUCAUCAACUUUGCGGGGGCAAUACCCCCCUUGAUAUGCCCACAAGGGUCAUCGAUGUGGGCAACCAUGGCGCCCCGAUCACGCCUGUGCGUCUGGUGACCACGCAAGGGCUGCGUGAGCGCUACAUAGCAUUAUCCUACUGCUGGGGGGCCGAUACCUCCGGUGUUCUCACUCUGAACGCCAGCACCCACGCGGCCUUGGCCCAGGGCAUACCGGAAACACAACUAGCCAAGACGCACAGGGAGAUCAUGUCUCUGGCUCGUGCGCUCGGCAUCCGCUUUGUAUGGGUGGAUGCGCUGUGCAUCAUCCAGGGCGACGCCAAGGACUGGGAACGGGAAUCCAAGGCCAUGGCUGCGGUGUACGGCAACGCGACCCUGACCGUCAUCGCGGGGCGGUCCGCGGCGACAAAGGACGGCUUCAUCGCCAACCACUACGACUCUGUCGGCGCGGCGCAGCGCCGGCCGAGCCCUUGCGUACUGCCGCUGGAUGGCUCGGUUGAUUCUGGUGUACUGGCCGUCGGGGCCUGUCGAUCUGUUUCCUACGGGCCCGUGUCCGGGCGGGGGUGGUGUUUCCAAGAGAAGAUGCUUUCCCGGCGGGCUGUUGUAUUUGCAGAGCAGCAACUUGGUUUUCGUUGUGCGAUGCAGUUACUGUGGGAGAACGGGUUGGCCAACCCAAACCUCGGGCGUCCAGGGUUCCUCCAGCACCCGGGGUCGUCGACGGCUAUUAGCACCAGCAGAACCGCGAAGCGGCCUGCCCACCUUAGUGCCCAGGACGAGGUGCUCAGGGAUUGGUAUAAAAUUCUCAGCCAAUUUUCCGUGUGUCAACUAUCCAACCCGCACGACGUCUUCGCAGCCAUCAACGCCGUCGCGCAGCAGGCAUCCCGUCUUCUCAACUCGCGAUAUCUCGCCGGGAUAUGGGAAUGCGACCUCGUCCGCGGCUUGCUCUGGAGACCGGCCCAUCAUUUCACAGCCGAAAUCACCAUGAGAGCACCAACCACACGUCCCAAACCGUCCAAGUUCACCACGGGAACGGGCCCCGUCGUCCGCGCACCUUCGUGGUCGUGGGCCGCGGUAGAAGGGCCUGUGGCGUUACCUUUGGGGUCGGUUGGGUUUACACCGGGCCUGGUGGCAAGGCAGCGAGACCCGGCGUAUCCGAAGAUCCGCCCGAAGCAUCUGGAUCCUGUAAGGUGGUCGGUCGAUGAGAAGUGUGGUAUUGACGCCCUGCAUAUGCCGGCAUGUGAGCUGCAGAUGGUAGGUCAUGUAGCCAGGGUCCGGGUACUUACAGAGCCGGUGAUCGGGUAUCUUGAAUCGGGAAUGGGCCCAAAAUAUAUCAAUAAACCGCGGGCGGUCGCAAACGGGGUACUGGUUGCUGAGCCGAUCGUGUGUGGUGGUACGGUAAGGGGUGAACCCUGGGAUCAGGUUGUCGGCCUGGGAUUCUUCGAUGUUAAGGAGGAGAGAAAUGGGGUUGAUUACGCGUGGUGUCUCCCAGUUGUGCCGGACUUGGGACUUUUGUUAGAGAGGAGGCUCGAUGGGAAGUUUAGCCGGCUAGGCUUUGUUUACAUUCAGAAGUUAAACUGGUUUCUUGAGCAAGGGGAAGGGGGAAUCUGUUUAUGUUAG